AUGUUCUGGCGUUUUGGGGGAUAUGCGAGUAUCUCCACCAUUGAUACCCUUCUCGACAAGCCCGAGGUCACUCUCGAAGACUUGCUGGAUGAGCCGGAAAUAAUCCAGGAACUGAAACAGCAUAAUACAAAACUCAUAGAAUAUCUACGCGAGGACAAUGUCUUGAAACGGCUUAUGGACUACGUGAUUGCACCGAGCUUAGUUAAUGAUGAUGAUGACAAUGAUGACGACAAUUCCAAUCAGAAAGAUGCCUCCCAGCACGCGAACAUGACUUCUACCGCGGAGAAAACUGACGGCGAAGCCAAGGACGAUCCUCUGAAGGAUGUUCUGGGUCAGGAGUAUCUGGACAAAAUCGAGAAGAAUCGAUUGAAACAUGCCUACAUUGCGUGCGAGAUCCUUUCAUCGGAGAAUUGGACUAUCCUGGAGACCAUGAUGGAGAACACUUCUUAUUUGCGCGACUUCUGGGGCUUCCUUCGACGAUCUCCGCCUCUGGAUUCUCUGCAGGCAAGCUACUUCACCAAAGUCAAUGAAACUCUGCUCGAUAAAAAGACUGAGGAAAUGCUAGAAUUUCUCAAGUCAUUGGAUGGCAUUGUUGCUGCUCUGUUGCAGCACGUCGACAAUCCCAUGGUGAUGGAUCUUCUGUUGAAGAUUAUCAGCCUGGAAAAGGCCGAGGGCGGUCAAGGUACCGUAGAUUGGCUGCAGUCUCAGGGCCUGAUUCCCACUCUUCUGAGCUUCUUGGCUUCAAAUUACCCUGGAUCCGUGCAAACAUCCGCCGGUGACUUCCUCAAAGCUAUCAUUACCAUCUCUGCCAAUGCGACUCCCAAUGACCAGUCGUGUAUUGGCCCUAAUAGCCUGACUCGUCAGCUUGUUUCAACUCAAUGCGUGCAGCAACUCAUUGAUGCCAUGCUCAAUGGCGGUAACCCGCUGACUGUGGGUGUAGGAAUCGUCAUUGAGGUCAUUCGUAAGAACAAUUCAGACUACGACCCCGAGCAUAUGGGUGGCCCUGAUUCCAUGCCCACACCCUACGACCCAAUUUAUCUAGGAAGCCUCCUUCGUCUGUUUGCCAAGCAUAUCCCCGACUUCAUGGCCCUGAUUCAAAGUUCACAGCAUGCGGUUCAUGAUGGAACUCAGUUAAAGAACGUGGACCGGGGUCGUUUGAAUUGCGCAUGGGGAGACAAGAUCGAGCCACUUGGCUUCGAUCGCUUCAAAACUUGUGAGUUGAUGGCAGAGCUGCUACAUUGCAGUAAUAUGGGCCUCUUGAACGACCCUGGCAGCGACGAUUAUGUCCGGCAUCGUAAUGAAGAGCGUGAGCGAUUGAUCAGCGAAGGAUUUUUCAAUCCCCAUCGGGAUGAACAAUCUGGAAUGGAUUACAAUGAGACCACUGUGGACUUCACAAACGGAUCAGCUUUUGAGGAAUCGCCGGAGAAUGCAAAGAGUGCACCUAGUGCUGGUGAGGAAGAGGGAUUUGAGAAUGUCAGUGCUUCAGGCGUGCUUAGCAGUGAGAAGGAGCAAGAUAAGGAAGCCGUUGAAGAUACUACUCCUUCAGAGCCCCAACAACCAGUGCCAGAGGAGAUCAAUCCCGAAACUCUCGUCAAAACCCCAGCCGAAACUUCAGCCGAAACUCCAGCCGAAGAGACUGCAACUAAGAGCGAAGACGCGUCGGCUGCUACCGACCUUACAGAGAAGAUCGGUGACAUUAAACUUGAAACUGAACCCGAGGCGUCUCCAGAAAAGGCGCAGGAAGAGACUUUGCUUUCUCCUCAUUCUGAAGACAUGCCUACUCCACUUUUUACCGCCACAGAAAUAAUCGUGGACUCGCCUGCUGAGAAACCAGAAGCUCCCUCCGCUGUCACUGAACCUGUACAGGAAUCCGAGGGUGUCAAUGACGGAGGUGCCGAGGAUCCUGCCGAUCAGUACAUUCAAUAUGACACAGACGGUCGUCCUGUGGUUGGAGACUAUCUCAAGAUCCAGUUCGUUGAGAACAAAGUGGUUCCUACAAUUCUUGGGUUUUUCUUCCGCUUCCCUUGGAACAACUUCCUUCACAAUGUUGUUUAUGAUGUGGUUCAACAGGUUUUUAAUGGGCCUAUGGAACGCGGCUACAACCGCGCCCUAGCGAUCAAUGUUUUUGAAGUUGGUAACAUCACUACCGCCAUUGUUACCGGCCAGAAGCGCAGUGAUGAGACCCAGCGAACCCAACGCAUCCGACUUGGCUAUAUGGGUCAUCUCACACUUGUCGCCGAGGAAGUUGUCAAGUUCAGCGAACGACACCCACCGGAGCUGCUUUCCCGGUCCGUCAUGGAGGCAGUGUUGGAUCCGGAGUGGAUUGACUAUGUCGAGCAAACACUUUCCGAGACUCGGGAACGAGAUAACGCCAUCCUGGGUGGCGUACGGCCUGAGAUGGCAGGCGCUUCUCGCCAGGUAGCUCUCAAUUCUGUCGCCUCUGGCCAAGGAUUUGGCAGUUCCAACGCCCUUGCAGAGGCAGGCUUGAAUGGUGGCAUCGGUGGCUCGGCUUUUCAAGGAUUUGAUCUAAACCAAGGGAGCGUAUCUGGAGGUGCAUUUGGUGGAGGCGGUGGCAUGUCACUCUUAAGUGACUUUGCCAGCUCGAGUGACGACGAAGACGAGGAUAUGGAGGAGCAUGACGAAAAAAACGCCGGUAUUGCCGACAGCGGGGAUUCUGAGAAUACAUCCUCGAUUUCUGGGAGUCAGCCUAUUCCCAUAUUGCCGCCACCCCCGGCUCCUCUGAGCACAGGCCCCUCCCGAGCUCGCCGUCAGUUGGCAGCACGCCUUGCUGCCCAGAAGCAAGCGAAUGAGGAUGUCGGACCUGAAGAUGACGAGGACAAGGCGGAUUGGAGCAGCAAUCCAUUUAUCAUUGCUGGCAUCGAUGAUGAUGCUGAAGGCAACUCUGCCUUCCCUGAUAGCGAUUUCGGAACACCUGCAGAUGCCGAUUUCUCUCCCACUUUCCCUGAAACCGCUGGGUUUAGCCCACCGGACGACUGCUUAUCCAAUUCCUUUGACGAAGAUGGCAAUGGACAUGCUGAAUCCAUGAGGCGAAGUGUCCGUGUUCCUCUCGAAGUUGAGGAAGAUGACGAUGAUGAAAUGGGUGAGAUGGUUGGCCCUACUGCUGCUGGCAUGAUUGAUUCGGAUGAAGAGGACGAAGCCAUCAUCAACGAAUCCCUGGGAUACUCCAACUUCCCAGGCCCUAGUCGAUACUCUGGCUUCCGUCGUUCCCAGUCCGAAGGUUCACAUUUUGAUGACGAUCAGAAUGAUAGCAGUGAUGGUGAGGAUGAUGGGCUAGUGGAGAUUCUAGUCCCGGGACGCAAAUCCUCAACCUCAAAUUAG